AUUGGCUGUACGGCGUAGGGGGAAGGAUAACUUUUAGGAAGCGAUUAAGGUUUUACUUUUGUUUUACACCGGGCCAUUGAAGAGCAGUUUGUGGAAGAAGGCUAAGCAUUUAAAUUAUUAUUAUUAUUUACGACAGCUUAUCAGGACAAAAAAAAAAAUAAAAAAUCCAACUGACGACGCAGAACUUCGACUCCUUUCGGAGGUUGCAGAUAUUGUAUUUUAUAGGUUAAGUGAUAUUAAAGUACUUUUAUAGGCUACCUUAAGUUAAGUUAUAGUGUUGUUUCACCGUUGUUACAUAUUGCACUAACGCAACGUUAAGUCCAAGUGGAUGUUGUCCGUUUCCAGUUUACUCGUGAUGUUGUUUCACUUUUGUUUCGCAUUAGAGGGAGUAUAACAUCGAGCUACAAAGUGUAGUCCAACUGGUCAGCGUGAUCAUCUCAUAUUACUCAAGCGUUUAAAAAUAGAUUGUAACAUAUUAUCUACAGCUUGUUCAGUUUCAAUGGCACCACCCAGAAAGAGUAAGUUACCGAAACCACUUCCAGACGGCUUCGUUCUGACUGACAGUGAGAAAAAGAAGUGGAGGCUUGGUAAAAUCAUCGGUCAAGGUGGCUUUGGACUGAUCUAUCUUGCCUCCCAGGAUGUGGACAGACCUGUUGCAGCAGACACUCACUUUGUCAUUAAAGUGGAGUACCAUGAGAAUGGCCCCCUGUUCUCAGAGCUCAAGUUCUACCAGAGGGCAGCCAAACCAGAGAGCAUGCAGAAAUGGAUGAGAAGCAGGAGACUGGGCUUCCUGGGCAUCCCCACCUACUGGGGAUCAGGACUUGCUGAACACAAUGAACUCAGAUAUCGCUUCAUGGUCAUGGACCGACUGGGCAGUGACCUUCAGAAAGUCUGCGAGUGCAAUGGAGGUAGACUGAAGAAGGCUACUGUGCUCCAGCUUGGUCAAGGACUGGUGGAUGUGCUUCAGUAUAUUCAUGAGAACGAGUAUGUCCAUGCAGACAUUAAAGCUGCCAACCUCAUGUUGGGCUACAGAGACCCUGAAAAGGUCUACCUAGCAGACUAUGGCUUGUCAUACAGAUACUGUCCUGAUGGCAUCCACAAAGAAUACAAAGAAAACCCCAAAAAGGGCCACAAUGGAACCAUUGAGUACACCAGCCUUGAUGCCCACAAAGGAGUUGCCCCAUCUAGACGUGGUGAUCUCCAGAUUUUGGGCUUUUGUCUUCUUCACUGGCUGUGUGGGUCUCUGCCCUGGGACAGUGUUCUCAAGAACCCAGCUCAAGUCCAGGAGGCCAAGGCCAGACUGAUGGAUAAUCUGCCAGACUCAGUCCAGCAGCUGUCAGUGAACAGUGCCAGCACAGAUGAGGUGGCAGCAUUCCUCCUUUAUGUGAAAACUCUGGACUACCAAGCGAAGCCUGACUACCAGUGCCUCAAAGGCCUGCUGGCCAGCAUUGCCACAGAAAAGCUUGACUUCUCCAUGCCACAAGAAGCUGUGGAGGAGUUGUCUACCAAGGUGGCAGAUCUUUGCACCAAGGAAAAGAAAGCAGGGCGAGCCAGAAGACCCUCCAAAGCCAAACCAUCAGCUACAUCGAUGGAUGAAGUACAGGAGCAUAUGAAGUCUAAACCAGUGCUGGAUGCCAACACAUGUCGACCACCCCUUACUAAACUUCAGUCACAAGAGAAGGAAGAGGGAGUUUUGCCUGCUGUCAGAAGAUCACUGAGGCUCAGAUGUAAACCUACAAAGUCUUAUAAAGAGGACAGUGAUGAUAAUGAUGAUGAUGAUGAGGAGGAGGUGGCGGCGGCGGCAGCCAGACCCAUUGCUGAGUGCUAUCUCAGAGGCCCUCCAAUAGGCCCCAGAACUCAGUCUAAACAGGUGUGAGGCCUCAUCAUUCGAGUAGCCAAAACGCCCUUAUGUUUUUAAGUUGUCUGCUGUGUAAAUCUUGAUUUAUGGUUCUGUGUAUGUAUGCUGUAGGCAAUUUUGUAUCCUACACUGCCUUCACCUUAGCCAGAAAUGUAACUGCACAUCAGUUAUAGAGCGGGUCGUUUCCUAACAGGAGGAUUAGCUGUUCGAUUCCCAACUUUUCCAGUCAACAUGUUGAAGUGUCACUGAGCAAGACACUGAACCCCUAGUUGCUCCCGGUGAUAAC